AUGGCCGCGAAGUCGGAUGGAGCGGUGGCCGCGGCCGGCCCGGGGCCGGAGGGGGCGGCCGGAGGAGCUCGGGGCAGUGCGGGUGGGCGCGGGGAGGCGGCGGCGGCAGCCGGGGACCCCGGGGUAACCGGGGCGGGAGGCCCGGGGCCGCGCUACGAGCUGCGGGACUGCUGCUGGGUGCUGUGCGCGCUGCUCGUGUUCUUCUCCGACGGCGCCACGGACCUGUGGCUGGCGGCCUCCUACUACCUGCAGGGUCAGCGCACCUACUUCGGCCUCACGUUGCUGUUUGUGAUCCUGCCCUCGCUUGUCGUACAACUGCUCAGCUUCCGCUGGUUCGUCUACGACUACACGGAGACCGCUGGGGCCCCGGGACCCGCAGUCAGCACCAAGGACAGCGGCACCGGCGGACCGGUCAUCAGCACCAAGGACAGCGCCAUCACCUUCCGUACCAAAGAAGGCAGCCCCGAUCUGGGCCCCCGACCUGAGCCCUCCUCGGCCAGCGCCUACCGCCGCCGCUGCCGCCGCCUCUGCGUCUGGCUACUGCAGACCCUCGUCCACCUCCUGCAGCUCGGCCAGGUCUGGAGGUACCUGCGCGCCAUGUACCUAGGGCUGCAGAGCCGCUGGCGCGGGGAGCGGCUGCGGCGCCACUUCUACUGGAGGAUGCUGUUCGAGAGCGCCGACGUGAGCAUGCUGCGCCUGCUGGAGACUUUCCUGCGCAGUGCGCCGCAGCUUGUGCUGCAGCUCAGCCUCCUGGUGCACCGCGGUGGCGCGCCCGACCUGCUGCCCGCCCUCUCCACCUCCGCCUCACUCGUGUCCCUGGCCUGGACCCUGGCCUCCUACCAGAAGGUGCUGCGGGACUCACGGGACGACAAGCGGCCGCUGUCCUACAAGGGCGCCGUGGCCCAGGUGCUGUGGCACCUGUUUGCCAUCGCGGCCCGCAGUCUGGCCUUCGCGCUCUUCGCCAGCGUUUACAAGCUCUACUUUGGCAUUUUCAUCGUGGCCCACUGGUGCGUCAUGACCUUCUGGGUCAUCCAGGGAGAGACGGACUUCUGCAUGUCCAAGUGGGAAGAAAUCAUCUACAACAUGGUGGUGGGCAUCAUCUACAUCUUCUGCUGGUUCAACGUCAAGGAGGGCCGCAGCCGCCGCCGCAUGACCCUCUACUACUGCAUCGUCCUGCUCGAGAACGCCGUGCUCACCGGCUUCUGGUACUCCAGCCGCAACUUCUCCACUGACUUCCACUCACUUAUUCUGGUCUGCGUCGUGGCCUCCAGCUCCGCGCUGGGCGUAUUCUGCAUGUGUGUCUACUACUGCCUCCUGCACCCUAACGGGCCCCUGCUGGGUCCCCACAUGCCUGGCUGCAUCUGCCCUGAGGCCCCAGGGCCCUGUGGCCCACCAGCCGAUGCUGUCACAAGUCCCCCGAGGUCCCUGCCCAGGACUACAGGCGCUGAGCGGGAUGGGGCCUCCGUGGGAGGCGAGCGUGCGGGGACCCCCACACCACCUGUCUUCCAGGUGCGACCUGGCUUGCCUCCCACGCCCGUGGCCCGCACCUUGCGGACAGAGGGGCCUGUCAUUCGGAUUGACCUGCCUCGUAAGAAGUACCCUGCCUGGGACGCUCAUUUUAUCGACCGCCGGCUCCGGAAGACCAUUCUGGCGCUGGAAUACUCCUCGCCUACGACACCCCGCUUGCAGUACCGGAGCAUCGGGAUCUCCCAGGAGCUGCUGGAGUAUGAGACCUCGCUGUAG